AUGAACGAACCGUGCGAAGGAAAUCGGAAAUCACUUGUGGCAGAAACGCUCAAACUGGGUUCUAUCUCUAGCUUUAAGGACACUUUUUUUUUUAAAUCUCAUCUUGCUGAACCUUGCAGUCUUAAAUUAGCAGUCGGUUUGGUCGACCAAAGUGCGAGGAUACUUGUCUUAGACUCGUUGCCCCCAUUUGGGUUAUAUCCAUCAAAGUGUAGGAUCUGGCCCGUUUACCACAGGCACACCAGCAACACCGGCCUGAAUCCGUCCAUCAACAAUACUGUACAACCUUUCUUGAGGAACUCAAACAUGUUUCGUGGAGCGUUGACAUUUGGUGUUGGAAUCUAUGCCGGAAUUUACCUCAGUCAAAACUACCAGAUUCCGAGAGUGGACGAGCCAAAAGUCGUGUGGGAAAAGAUCCAGUCCCUCAUGGAGCAGUACAAGAAACCUCCACCAACGGGCGACAAAUGAAACCAAAUAGCGCGUGUACCCCAUUUUCUUUUUUUUUCCAACUUGAAGCCAAACUUCCACAAAAUAAAAGUGACAUGUAAUUGUCUCAGUCUCGUGUUUAGGGAAUAAUAUCAAUACAAAUGCCAUUUGCAAGUGCA